AUGCCGGAACUGACCAAUGUCCUGCUCUUCGCCCUGCUGCCGGUCCUCGGCAACUUCAUAGGGGCGAUAAGUAUCGAAUUUCACGUCGCGUCAUCGCGCAUGGUCAGCCACGCGCUCCAUGCUGCGGUCGGGGUCGUCCUGGCGAUCGUGACGAUCGAACUCAUGCCGCGCGGACUCGCCGUGACUGAAAACUGGCAGACCGGCCUGGCGUUCGGGCUGGGAGGACUUGGCUAUAUCAUGCUCAUGAAGGCGGUCAGCUUCGUCCUAAGCCGACCGGGUUCGAACGCCGGUUCGAGCACAUGGAUGGUCUAUAUCGCCGUCGGCGUGGACCUUUUUAGCGAUGGGCUCAUGAUCGGGGCCGGCAGCGCGGUUUCGCCCGGUCUCGGAUUGCUGCUUGCCCUGGGGCAGUUGCUCGCCGAUUUCCCCGAGGGCUAUGCCACCUUCGCGAACCUCCAAGCCAGGAAAGUGUCACGCAAGACCCGGUUCGUGCUUUCUGCCGCGCUCGUCCUGCCCGCGACCAUCGCCGCGCUGAUCUCUUUCCUCGUGCUGCGGGAUAUGGCCGAAUGGGUGCAGACUUCGGCACUUGUCGCGGUAGCGGGCAUCCUCACGAUCGCCGCUAUCGAGGACAUGAUGGGAGAGGCCCAUGAAAGCGCCGAAGACCGGACCGGCUCCAUCCUGGCGUUUAUUGGCGGGUUCGUUCUGUUCAGCCUGGUCACGACGGAAUAG